AUGGAAAGUCUCAUUCAAGUGCAAGACGUCGUGCAGCGGUUCAUUCGCGAGCAGCCUUGCUGGACCACGUUCCUUCUUGCUCUGGGAUCGUUCAAUGCCCUUCGAAUCAUUUACCAGACACUGUCUGUGGUGCUUCAGACGUUCGUUCUUCCCGGAACUAGUUUGAAAAGAUUCGGGGCCAAGAAGGGAGCAUGGGCUGUUGUCACAGGAGCAACGGAUGGAAUUGGCAAGGAAUUCGCGAUGCAACUCGGCAAGGCAGGAUUUAAUGUCCUUUUGGUCGCAAGAAAUCCUGCCACCCUCGCUGCGACCGCUGGUGAAAUCGAACAAAAAUACAAGGUCCAAACGGGAACUUUCUCCAUCGACUUUGCUGCUGCUACCGAGGAGAAGUACACGGCUCUCGGAGAAGUCCUCACUGGAUUGGAUGUCGGCGUUUUGGUCAAUAACGUUGGCAAGUCCCACAAUAUGCCGGCUUACCUCGUUGACACACCUCGGGACGAAAUGAGGGACAUUGUCGAGAUCAACGUCAACGCAACCCUCCGAGUGACCUAUGCUAUACUCCCAGGAAUGGUCAAGAACAAGCGUGGUUUGAUCCUCAAUAUCGGUUCUUUCGCUGGUGCCAUCCCGUCGCCUAUGUUGGCCACCUAUUCUGGAACCAAGGCGUUCCUGUCCACCUUCUCCAGCGCACUCGGAGAGGAAGUCAAGAAAGACGGCAUCAUCGUCGAAAAUGUCAACACGUACUUUGUGGUUUCCAAGCUCUCUAAAAUCCGCAAGUCGUCCUUGCUUAUCCCUACGCCCGCACCAUAUGUCCGCUCCGUCUUGUCAAAGGUCGGCCUUGCCUGCGGUGCUGCGUUCAGUGGUCGUCCGAACACUUCGACUCCCUACUGGUCGCAUGCUUUGUUGGACUACGCCAUGACGCUGGUCGGGAUUCCCAGCCUGUUCAUCCGUUACACACACAACUUGCAUAUUGAUAUCCGUAGGCGUGCGCUUCGCAAGUUGGAGCGGGAAGCCAAGGCACAGUAG